AUGUCAUUAAAGAGAAUCACCAAGGAGUUGAACGAUCUUGGAAGAGAUCCCCCAUCUUCUUGUUCUGCCGGCCCAGUUGGUGACGAUUUGUUCCACUGGCAAGCAUCUAUCAUGGGUCCAGCCGACUCUCCAUACGCAGGAGGUGUUUUCUUCCUCUCCAUCCACUUCCCAACUGACUAUCCAUUCAAACCACCAAAAGUGCAAUUUACAACAAAGAUUUACCAUCCAAACAUCAACUCCAACGGUAACAUUUGUCUAGACAUUCUCAAAGACCAAUGGUCCCCAGCAUUGACAAUCUCUAAGGUGCUUUUGUCCAUUUGCUCGUUAUUGACAGACGCAAACCCAGAUGAUCCACUUGUUCCAGAAAUUGCUCAUAUAUACAAGACCAACCCUGAGCUAUAUCAAAAGAACGCUAAGGAGUGGACAAAGAAGUAUGCCAUCUGA